GAAGAAGAGUGUGAAGAAUCGCUUCACAAUACGUGGGGUAUGCGUUAAACAGUAUCGGAAGCAAAAGGAGAAAAAAGAACAAUGCGAUCUUCUUCAUAAUUUUUUUACAGAUGAAAUCAUGUCGAUAGCAUCGGCCGCUAGCGAUCGCAGUGUCUACAUCGAUGAUGAUGAUGAUGAUGACCGCUCCACCAUGUCCAGCGCUUCUAACGAACGCUAUCAAUUUGUAGAGCCGUUGGAGGUUGCUGGCUACGAUAACCAUAUUGCACCGGACAACGCACGGUCUCCGCAGGAGCACGACAACGCUGAAAAACCGGUGCUAUGGGUUCGUAGGAACGGCGUGUACGAGGUAGCGGAUGCCGACAAAGCGGCCGAUGCAUUGGCGGGGUGCGAUGGGGCCCCGAGCGCAGCGGCUACCCUCGAGGCAGGUAACGUAGAAAGAAAUAUUCUUUAACAUUUAAAGUCCUCUUUGUCAAAACUGCUAACUUUAAAAAUGUAGGGGAUGAUGAUGAUGAUGAAAACCUGUUAGACGCUGUA